AAAAAAACCCCAAACAAAAGUUUAUUUCUGUUUGCAGAGUGAUGAAGUUACGUACGUAGGUAGUAAGGGAGGUAGUUUCCCGGCUUUUAGGUGGUUGUUACUCGGACAGGUUUGGCUGGAUCCUGGGCAAAGAGAUUUGGUAACCCUGAGCCUUACCUCGUCAUUCUGUGUUACGUGCAGAGGCUGACGCAACGCUCCCAGAGCGAGAUCGUUGGGAUGUUUCACCCGGGUGAAAGGUAGAAGAGCCACAAGCAAUUAGGACGCUGCCGAAAUCCCCAUCUGUUUGGUAUGAGUCUGCAGCUCCUCUGGGAGGAUGGACACCCUGAGGAACCGGACGGUGGAGGAACUCCAGGAGCUGCAGGAAAAUGCAGAGGAGAUCGAGCGCCUGGCCCUGGAGUCCCAGGAGGUUCAGGAGCUGCAGCUGGAAAGGGAGAUGGCCCUUGCUGCCAACCGGAGCUUGGCCGAGCAGAACCUGAAAUUCCAGGCGCCGCUGGAGACGGGGCGCACCGACCUCUUUAACAAAUAUGAAGAGCUGCAGAAGCUGGCUGAGCGGUGUAAAGAGCAAAAGGCAAAACUGGAGAAAUUUUCAGCAGCAAUGCAUCCUCAGACCUUGCUGGAUCUCCUGCAGGUGGAAAGCCAGAAAAUUGAGGAGGAGUCUGAGAAAAUGGCCGAGAAGUUCUUGGAGGGUGAGGUGCCCCUGGAGACAUUUCUUGAGCAGUUUUCCAUGAUGAGGAACUCCGGGCUAUUCCUGGUCUCCGUCCAGGGGCCCACCUCAGCCCCCACCAUUUCCUGGCUCUCACCCCUCUCCUCCGCCACCCAGACCCAGGUACCCUGCCUACUUUCCCCCUGGGGCAGGGAGACCGCAGUGUCCCUACCCGACCCAGCCCCUUCUCCCUAGUUUCCCAAUCCCCGCACAGCCUCCCUAUCCUCCUGGACUGCCCCCGCCCUUUGGGUACCCCCCACCUCCAAACCCUCAGCGCCCUGCUUGGCCUGGCUACUAAAUCAGGACUCCUGGGAGAGCGUCCUUUGCUGCUCCCUCCUCUUUUUGUGGACUGAGGAAGAAGAGCAAACCGAGAACGUUGCUCUUCAACCCAUAGGUGCAAAAGCAUUACGCAGGGUAAGAGACAGUAGUGGCUCCGGGCGUCAGGCGGGCUGACACUGUCCCCGCGAGCUGCAGCUCUUUAAGUUGGGUUUGUGACGAUCGCUGGUGCGCUGAAGUGUUCGCUUCCAAAUCGGCUCGUCCAGGCUCCGGUGUGAAAGCCAGGUAGUCAUCUGGGUACUCGGCUGGGGUAUGUGGGAACGAUGUGCACUGAUUGCAGCCGCUGAGAGCCGAACCCCCUUGUCUGUGUGCGCGGGAGUGUGCGUGGGUGAGCGAGAGAGACCGCUCCGUGUGUGCCUGUCCUUUGCUAUGUGGGUAACAGAUAUAGUAUCAUAAUUCUAAGCCUUUUCACAGGUGUUCAAAAGACACAGUGGGAAUCUCUGACAGUAUACACAAAAUACUCACUGCUUUCCAAGGACCUUCCUGGAAGCGGGAGGCAGAGCCUGCCCGGCUUGCAGGCGAUUUGUAACUGCUUGUAGCAGGAGAAGCAGCUAGCUCACCCCUUGGGUGGGCCAGGCCUUGAGAUCCGUGGCUGUCUUUACCGCUGCUGCUUUUGUCCGGCACGGGAGCCUUUCCCAGGCUGGGCCGGCUGUGCGCUGUCUCGCCAAGGGCACGAAGGCUCUGGUAGCUCCCCAGAGUUCAAUGCAUGGAUAUUAUCUGUGCUUUUGAAGUAAACUGGGCCGGCACGAUGUCUCAGGCUGCUGCUGCUUUGGGGGCACGUGCCUCAGGUCACAGGGAGGAGCGGGAGUCAGUGCCUCCUGCCCAGCUUUGUGAAACGCUGGGGCUCAGCAGCCUCCUCCUGUAUCCCCGGCCUCUCCUGCGGUGCCCAGGGAAACGGGGCAAUUAUUCGGGGUGCUACAGUCUCCAGCCUUCCUCACAUCCCCCUUCUCACAAAACACUAGGUAAUGGAUGGAGCAAUGAGUUAACAUUAAUGGAAAUGGGAUUUGCUUUGCUCAGCACUUUAUCCUACGAAUCCUGCCUGUAUCCCUGUAAGUUAUUUAUAAGGAAAGAUUACUAAUGGACUAGAACAAGGCAAAUGCUUCUGGGGUUUGAUGGAAACAAUUC